CGUUUUUAUUCCCAAUGUAAAUAGAUACAAUGUCUGGGAAACAUGUUACGUUCAUCCUUGUGGUCUUUCUCUGGCACUACGGAAGUUCCCAAGUUCAUCCGCGAGUUCGUCUAGCCGGAGGCUGGGAGCCUCAUUCAGGUCGAGUUGAAGUUUUCUACAAUGGAAACUAUGGAACAGUGUGUGACGAUAAUUGGAGCAUUGAAGCAACGCACGUCGUCUGUAAAGAACUUGGUUUCAGAAAGGGGGAGACGUUCCAUUACGAUGGCAGAUAUGGCCCAGGAGGUGGGGAAAUUUUAUUGGAUAACACACAUUGCAAUGGCGAUGAACUGUCUAUUUUCGAUUGUGAGCAUAAUCCUAUUGGGCGCCAUGAUUGCAGUCACGCUGAAGAUAUUGCUGUCACAUGUGUUCCAUUACCGAUAACGGAGCCACCCCCACCGGUACGUACUCAACAUAACUGUAUAAUUAUUAUUGUUUAUUAUAAAACGAACAAGGUGCCGUAAAUGGAGAUGACGAAUCAAGUUUU